AUGCACCAUAUCUUAUUUAGAGUGUGGAUAAUCUGUUUAUCAACGCUUUUCUUAUCAACAGCUGUCGCGUUUCGAGUACCACGGCACGACCAAUCUAUUUCCCCCGCUACACACUUCUCAGGAACAUCAUUUCCUAUUUACUCUCAACCGUCCGGCAAAAUGUCUCGUUCUCGUGUUUUCUUUGAUAUCGCCAUUGGUGGCGCGCCUUCUGGACGCAUCGAGUUCACUCUCUUUGACGACAUCACACCUAAGACUGCUGACAACUUCCGCUCUCUUUGUGUUGGUGACAAAACCGUCCAAGGUGUUACUUGCCAUUUCAAAAACUCCAUCUUCCACCGCAUCAUCCCUCAAUUUAUGUGUCAGGGUGGUGACAUUACCAACCACAACGGUACCGGUGGUAUGAGCAUCUACGGCAGGCGCUUCAAGGACGAGGACUUCUCCAUCAAGCACAGCAAGCCCGGUCUUCUAUCUAUGGCCAACAGCGGUCCUAACACCAACGGUAGCCAGUUCUUCAUCACCACUGUCCCUUGCCCAUGGCUAGAUGGCAAACACGUGGUCUUCGGUGAGGUCACCGAAGGUAUGGACGUUGUCAAGAAGAUGGAACGCUACGGCUCUGGUAGCGGCGCUACCUCAAAGGAGGUAAAGAUUGUCGACUGCGGUCAGCUCUAA